AUGUGGGCACCAGUAACCCUCCCUUACAGGAGUGAAUCCCCGUCUAUACCCCGCAUACCUUCUACAGACGAAAUACGAACCUGUUCAAACAUUAUCUGGGAGUCCGCUGACACCAAGGUCGUGGCGGUAAAUGAUGAGAUUGUGGUUAAAUUUGGUGUCUUACCUGUACAUGAAGGCGAGGCUCUGAUUCAUCUUGAGCGACAUGCCCCUCAAGUGCCAGCUCCUCGACUAUAUGCGAUGUUCUACGAUGAUAAGGAGCUUUUUCUUAUAAUGCAACGCAUGCCAGGCGUGCAGCUUGACAAAAUAUGGUCUUCAUUGACCGAAUCCGAGAAAGAUGACAUUAUCAGUAAACUUCACCGGAUAUUUGACGACAUGCGACUGAUUGAGUGUCCCCAGUUUGAUUUCUAUGGGAACCUGAGUGGCGGUGGUGUUUCACAUUAUUUAUUCUACAGCCAACAUUCCAGCGGCCCCAGGCAUUUGGGACCGUUUAAUGGUGAAGCUGCUUUUAUCGCUGGCCUUGUAGGAAACUUUCGAGCUCUGGUGGAAAAGAAUCACCGCCCGGACUUUCAAGUCCGCUUCUAUGAAACUUACCUUGGCCGCGUAUUUCAAGGGCACCGACCUACUUUAACCCAUGGUGAUGUGCAGCAAAAGAACAUCAUGGUCGCAGAGAAUGCAGCACGGCGGAAUAGUCAAGGAGAGCGAUCCUUUGACGUCGCGCUUGUAGAUUGGGCGGAUGCAGGAUGGUACCCUGAGUUCUGGGAAUUCUUUUCCGCAUCUAUGCUUUUUCGUUUGGUAUACUGGGAAACUGAUUGGUGCUGGAGAGCCCAAGAGUUUCUUCAAGUUUACCCCGCUGAAUUGGCCUUAAUGCGCAUGUUUGAUAAAGAUUUUACGGGUUGGUAUGGUCCUUAA